CCGGGACGCGCCCAAUGCCAGGCUGGCAGGGCUGAUUGGCGAGCUCAGCGAUGCGAGUCGUAGUCCUCCUGUGCUUGCGCCUGCGCCUGCGCCUGCUAUGGAUAAGGGGGCUGUUUGAUUCAUUACACCGCUUCGCCGUGCUGAGAGCUGCAACCGCGGCGGCUCAAACCUCGGUGACAUCCCGCCAAUUACAAUGUGCGUCCCCAACCCUGUUCUCUGUAGCUGUGGAGACGCGCCAACUGAAGGAAUCCCGUUUAUCGAUGUGGAUGCGCCAACUGAAGGAAUGCUGCCGAUCGAACUUGAUACACCGACUGAAGGGAUGCCUCCAGACGAUAUUGAUGCAGCUGUAAUAACUGAUGGCACGCCAAUAACCGUCGAGCCUGCUGGAACCCCCCGCAGCUGCUCGUGGUGCAUUUGUUGCUCGCUUGUUUCAAUGUUAUCUGAUGUGUCCUGCUGCUCUGCCCCGGCGUCCUCCGUCUGGUUGACCUCGCUCGUCCUGGUGUUUUGCGCGCUCUGAGCCGUUCGCCGUGCCGGCCUAGGCUUAGCCUUUGGCGCAAACUUAUUGUUUCCUUUAGCUAUAGACCAGGCUUGACAUUCAAUGCAUAAGAAAAUUUAGUAUGAAAGAGAAUCAGCUGUUGAAUUUGUGUGCGUGCAUGCAUGUGUUUUUUCUUGCAAUACCCCUACCGAGCUCGUUCAGUUCACUUACAAACGCGCGUUGACGUGACAGAAGACAUGGGUGUGUGAAUAGAUACAAUAAAAUAAUAAAAGUAACAGAAUUGGUAGCGAAGAGAGAGAGAAAAGAAUAUAAAAA